AUGGCAACCGUUUCCAAUGAUCGAAUUCCCACCAAUCUCCCGAUUCUUGAUUCGAAGAACUAUGAUAAAUGGGCAAAACAAAUGAGAGUUUUGUUUGGUUAUCAAGAGGUGCUUGAGAUCAUCGUCAAUGGAGUUACACAAUUAGGGGCAGAGGCUACCGACAUUCAAAGAGAUACACACGAAAAAGAGAAGAAGAAGGAUUACAAAGCCCUAUUCUUGAUUCAUUCUUGUGUUGAUAACGACAAUUUCGAGAAGGUUGGUGAUUGUGAAUCGGCGAAGCAAGCAUGGGAAAUCUUGGAGAAAGCAUAUGUCGGUGCCGUCAAAGCGAAGGUUGUAAGGUUACAAACUUACAAGCGACAAUUCAAGUUAACACAAAUGGAAAAUAAAGAAACGAUCAACGACUACAUUACGCGCAUUACCCGGUUAGUUAAUCAAAUCAAAUCUUGUGGGGAAAUGAUUCUUGAGCAAAAUGUUGUAUCGAAAGUAUUGCGUACGUUAACGCCGCGUUUCGACAACAUAGUUGUGGCUAUUGAAGAAUCAAAGGAUCUAACAACUUUGAGCAAGGAUGAAUUGCAAAGUUCGUUAGAGGCACAUGAAAAAAGGAUGGAUGAGAGAGGCGCCGACAAAGCCAAAGCGGAGAUUGCUUUGCAAGCGCGUUUCAAUGAGAAGAAUAAGAGGUCGAAAGGAAAAUUUGCGCAUUCGACGAGUAAAAAGGGUGAAAGUAGCUCCAAGGAUAGUGGUCAUAGCAACAGUUUCAAGAAGCGUGAUGUGAGUAAGGUGCAAUGCUAUAAGUGCAGAAAGUUUGGACACUUUGCAAAUUUGUGUCGUGGUAAAUCGAAUGAGAAUCACAAUAAUGAAGCCAAGGUUGCUAGGGAAGAGGUAGAUGAUGAAGACACACUUCUAGUAAUGAUCACAGAGGGGAGUUAUGGCAUUACGGAUGUUCCGGGCAGCAGCUGCAGUAGUGACAGUUUGCGGGAUAAUAGCUGUACCGUUCCGGAAAAUAGCGAGAAAAUGCAUUCGGAUCGAAAUGCAUUGGUUACCGUUCGUGAUGGAGUCCAAGGGAGAGAUGAGUGGUACUUGGAUUCCGGUUGUUCAACACAUAUGACGGGUCGAAAAGAUUGGUUUGUGCAAAUCAAUCAAGCGGCAAAAAGUAAAGUCAAAUUUACCGACGACACCAUUUUAAGCGUCGAAGGGGUAGGAGAUGUUUUGAUAGGAAAAAGGAAUGGUGGACAUUCAAGGAUAAAAGAUGUCUUGUAUAUACCAGGAAUUAAGUGUAAUCUUUUAAGCAUUGGCCAAUUACUUGAAAGAGGAUACAAAAUUCGGUUCGAGGACAAGAUUUUACGCGUUUUAGAUUCAAAUGGUGUGUUGAUUCUAAAAGCGCCGAUGGCUGCCAACAGAACCUUUAAGGUUAAGUUAAAGGUUAUGGAGCAUCGUUGUCUAGCUACCGCGGCAAGUAGAGAUGAGUGGUUAUGA